AUGGAGCUGUCUUGGAAUAUAGUCUUUAUUGUCCUCCUGAGUUCUUCAUGCGGGGCGUCAGACUGGGAAUCUGAUAGAAAUUUCAUUUCAGCUGCUGGUCCUCUAACCCAUGACUUGCUGCACAACCUGAGCAGUCCACUGGGAAACCAGGAUUCUAGUUUUGUAGCAGGGAAGGAGGACAUUUAUGUUUGCCACCAUCCACUGCCUGCUUUCCUGCUGGAGUACUUCAGCAGUCUUCAUGCCAGUGAAGUCACCCAUUAUAAAGUGCUUCUGUCAUGGGCACAACUUCUCCCAGCAGGAAGCUCCAAGUAUCCAGACAAGAAAGCAGUGCAGUGCUACCGGCAGCUCCUUGAGGCCCUCACGACUGCACAGCUUCAGCCCAUGGUUGUCCUGCACCACCAGACCCUCCCCGCCAGCACUGUCCAGAGGAGAGAAGCCUUCACUGACCUCUUCGCUGACUAUGCCACAUUCGCUUUCCACUCCUUUGGGGACCUCGUUGGGACCUGGUUCACUUUUAGUGACUUGGAGGAAGUGAUAAUGGAGCUUCCCCACCAGGAAUCAAGAGCUUCACGUCUCCAGACCCUCGCUGAUGCCCACAGAAGAGUUUAUGAGAUUUACCACGAAAAAUAUGCUUCUCAGGGUGGGAAGCUCUCUGCUGUCCUGCGAGCUGAAGAGGUCUCGGAGUUCCUGCUAGAAACAUCCACAUCUGCACUUGCCAAGGACUCGGUCGAUUUCCUCUCUCUUGAUUUGUCGUACCAAUGCCAAAAUGCAGCAAGUCUACCUCAGCAGCUGAGUAAACUGCAGACCAUUGAGCCAAAAGUGAAAGUUUUCAUCUUCAGCCUAACACUCCAGGACUGCCCCCCGUCCAGGGAGAGCCCAGCCAGGCUGCUCUUCAGCCUUCUCCAAGCCAUAAAUAAAGACCAAGGGCUCAUCAUUGGGCUUGAUAUUAAUGCAUUCCUGAGUUGUUCAUCAAGAUCCAAGGAAAGCACAUCUUGUUCUCUUACCGACAGCCUUGCCCUUCAGACUGAUCAGCAACAGGACCCUGAAGCACCAGUCGGCUCCUCAUUUCCUGGCUCGGCCUACCAGAGAGUGUGGGAAACAUUUGCUAACCAGUCCAGGGUGGAAAGAGAUGCUUUCCUGCAGGAUGUUUUCCCCGAUGGCUUCCUGUGGGGUGUCUCCACAGCAGCCUUUAGCAUGGAAGGAGGCUGGGCCGAGGGAGAAAGAGGGGCGAGUGUCUGGGACCACUACGGGCACCUGCACACUGCCGAGAGCCAAGCGACGCCAGAGGUGGCCAGUGACAGUUACCACAAGUGGGCCUCUGACGUCGCCCUGCUUCGUGGCCUCCAGGCUCAGGUGUACAAGUUCUCCAUUUCCUGGUCCCGGAUCUUCCCCACCGGUUAUGGGAGCAGCCCCAGCCUGCAAGGCGUCACCUACUACAACGAGCUGAUCGACAGCCUGCUGGACGCACAUAUCCAGCCCAUGGCCACACUGUUCCACUGGGACCUGCCUCAGGCCCUGCAGGAUCAUGGCGGGUGGCAGAACGAGAGUGUGGUGGACGCCUUUCUGGACUAUGCGGCCUUCUGCUUCUCCACUUUUGGGGACCGCGUGAAGCUGUGGGUGACCUUCCACGAGCCAUGGGUGAUGAGCUAUGCAGGCUAUGGCACCGGCCAGCAUGCACCAGGCAUCUCUGACCCAGGGGUGGCCUCUUUUAAGGUGGCUCACUUGGUCCUCAAGGCUCAUGCCAGAACUUGGCACCACUACAACAGUCACCAUCGCCCACAGCAGCAGGGGCGUGUGGGCAUCGUGCUGAACUCAGACUGGGCAGAACCCUUGUCUCCAGAGAGGCCAGAGGAUCUGACAGCCUCUGAGCGCUUCUUGCACUUCAUGCUGGGCUGGUUUGCACACCCCAUAUUUGUGGAUGGAGAUUACCCAGCCACCCUGAGGGCCCAGAUCCAACAGAUGAACAAACAGUGCCCCAGUCCUGUGGCCCAGCUUCCUGAGUUCACGGAGGCAGAGAAGCAGCUCCUGAAAGGCUCUGCUGAUUUUCUGGGUCUGUCUCAUUAUACCUCUCGCCUCAUCAGCAAGGCCCAACAAGACUCCUGCACCCCUAGCUAUGAUUCCAUCGGAGGCUUCUCCCAACACAUGGACCCUGCAUGGCCCCAGACCUCAUCCCCUUGGAUUCGUGUGGUGCCUUGGGGUAUAAGGAGGCUGUUGCAGUUUGUAUCCUCGGAAUACACAAGAGGAAAAGUUCCAAUCUACGUGGCUGGCAAUGGCAUACCCAUAGGAGAAAGUGAAAAUCUCCUCAAUGAUUCCUUGAGAGUAGAAUACUUCAAUCAAUAUAUCAACGAGGUGCUCAAGGCUGUCAAGGAGGACUCCGUGGAUGUUCGUUCUUACAUUGCUCGUUCCCUCAUUGACGGCUUCGAAGGCCCCUCCGGGUACAGCCAGAGGUUCGGGCUACACCACGUUAACCUCAAUGACAGCAGUAAGCCAAGGACACCCAGGAGAUCUGCCUACUUUUUCACCAACAUCAUCGAAAAGAACGGUUUCCUCACCAAGGAAGCAAAAAGACAAGCACCUCCUAAUACAGCAACGUUCCGCUCCAAAAUCAGAGCCUUCACUUUUCCAUCUGAGGUGCCCUCCAAGGCUAAAGUAGUUUGGGAAAAGUUCUCCAACCAAUCUGAGUUUGAAAGAGACCUGUUCUAUCACGGCACGUUCAGGGAUGACUUUCUGUGGGGCGUCUCCACAUCAGCCUAUCAGAUCGAAGGAGCUUGGGACGCUGAUGGCAAAGGCCCCAGCAUUUGGGAUAACUGUACCCACACACCAGGGAGCAACGUGAAAGACAAUGCAACCGGAGACAUAGCCUGUGACAGCUAUAACCAACUGGAUGCCGACCUGAAUAUGCUUCGCGCUUUGAAGGUGAAUGCCUAUCGCUUCUCGCUGUCCUGGUCUCGGAUUUUCCCCACUGGGAGAAACAGUUCUGUCAACAGUCGUGGUGUUGAUUAUUACAACAGGCUGAUCGAUGGCUUGGUGGCAAGCAACAUCUCUCCCAUGGUGACACUGUUCCACUGGGACCUGCCCCAGGCCCUCCAGGACAUUGGAGGCUGGGAGAAUCCUUCCUUGGUUGAGUUGUUUGACAGCUAUGCAGACUUUUGUUUCCAGACCUUUGGUGACAGAGUCAAGUUCUGGAUGACCUUUAACGAGCCCACAUACCAGGCAUGGCUGGGUUAUGGCUCGGGGGAUUUUCCCCCAGGAGUGAAGGACCCAGACUGGGCACCUUAUAUCAUCGGCCAUGCAGUGCUCAAGGCUCAUGCCAGAGCCUACCACACUUACGAUGAGAAAUACAGACCAAAGCAGAAUGGAGUCAUCUCACUGAGCCUCAGUGCACGCUGGGCAGAGCCCGAGUCACCGGGGGUCCUGAGAGACGUGGAAGCAGCUGACCGAAUGCUGCAGUUCUCCCUGGGCUGGUUCGCCCACCCCAUUUUUAGAAACGGAGACUAUCCCGACGCCAUGAAGUGGAAGGUGGGGAACAGGAGUGAGCUACAACAGUUAGCCACCACCCGCCUGCCAAGCUUCACUGAGGAAGAGAAGAACUACAUCAGGGCUACGGCUGACGUCUUCUGCCUCAACACCUACUCCUCCAGAAUCGUGCAGCAUAAGACAUCCAAGCUAAACCCACCCUCCUACGAAGACGACCAGGAGACGACCGAGGAGGAGGACACUUCGUGGCCUUCCACAGCUUUGAACAGAGCUGCACCCUGGGGGAUGCGGAGACUGCUGAACUGGAUCAAAGAAGAGUAUGGUGACAUCCCCAUUUACGUCACCGAAAACGGAGCAGGGCUGACAAGUCUGGACGUGGAGGAUACCGACAGGAUAUUUUACCAUAAAACCUACAUCAACGAAGCUCUGAAAGCCUACAGGCUCGAUGGUGUAGACCUUCGAGGGUAUGCCGCCUGGUCUCUGAUGGACAACUUUGAGUGGCUGCAUGGCUACACAGUCAAGUUUGGACUGUACCAGGUUGACUUUGAUGACGUGAGCAGGCCUCGCACAGCAAGAGCCUCUGCCACAUACUACACAGAGGUCAUCACCAACAACGGCAUGCCACUGCCCACGGAGGAUGAGUUUCUAUAUGGACAUUUUCCCGAGGGCUUCAUCUGGAGUGCGGCUUCCGCAUCAUAUCAGAUUGAAGGUGCGUGGAGAGCAGAUGGCAAAGGACUCAGUAUUUGGGACACGUUUUCUCACACACCACUGAAGAUUUCGAAUGACGACAACGGAGACGUGGCCUGCGACAGUUAUCACAAGAUUGCUGAGGAUCUCGUUGCCCUGCAGAACCUGGGCGUGUCCUACUAUCGCUUUUCCAUCUCCUGGUCUCGUGUCCUCCCUGAUGGGACCAUCUCGUACAUCAAUGAAGCGGGCCUGAGCUACUACAUGCGGCUCAUCGACGCACUGCUGGCCGCCAACAUCAAGCCCCAGGUGACCAUAUACCACUGGGACCUGCCCCAGGCGCUCCAGGAUGUUGGCGGCUGGGAGAAUGAGACCAUCGUGCAGCGGUUCAAAGAGUAUGCGAAUGUGCUCUUCCAGAGGCUGGGGGACAAGGUGAAGUUUUGGAUCACGCUGAAUGAGCCCUUUGUCAUUGCUACCCAGGGCUAUGGCUACGGGACAGGAGCUCCAGGAAUCUCCUUUAGGCCUGGCACUGCCCCCUACAUUGUUGGUCACAACCUCCUGAAGGCUCAUGCUGAGGUCUGGCAUCUGUACAACGAUGUGUACCGUGACAGUCAAGGUGGCAUCAUUUCUAUCACCAUCAACAGCGAAUGGGCUGAGCCUAGAAACCCCUCCAACCAGGAGGAUGUGGAGGCAGCCAGGAGAUAUGUUCAGUUUAUGGGAGGCUGGUUUGCACAUCCUGUUUACAAGAAUGGAGAUUACAGCGAAGAGAUGAAGACGCGGAUCCGCGACAGGAGCUUGGCCGCAGGACUCAGCAACUCUCGGCUGCCGGAGUUGAUGGCGAUUGAGAAGACGAGGAUCAAUGGCACCUAUGACUUUUUUGGGUUCAAUCACUAUACCACUGUCCUGGCCUAUAACUUCAACUUUAAUCCUGCCAUCUCUUCCUUUGAUGCAGACAGGGGAGUUGCCACCAUCACAGAUCGCUCUUGGCCAGCCUCCGGCUCCUCCUGGCUGAAGAUGACACCUUUUGGCUUCAGGAGGAUCCUGAACUGGUUAAAGGAGGAGUACAACAACCCUCCAAUUUAUGUAACAGAGAAUGGAGUGUCCCAGCGGGGAGAAGACCUCAGCGACACCGCAAGGAUCUACUACCUCCGCAGUUACAUCAACGAGGCCCUCAAAGCUGUGCAGGAUAACGUGGACCUUCGAGGAUACACAGUUUGGAGUGUGAUGGACAACUUCGAGUGGGCUUCAGGCUUCGCUGAGAGGUUUGGUCUGCAUUUUGUGAACUACACUGACCCUUCUCUGCCAAGGAUCCCCAAAGCAUCAGCCAAGUUCUACGCCUCUGUAGUCCGGUGCAACGGCUUCCCUGACCCUGCUGCAGGGUCUCACGCUUGUCUCAACCAGCCAGAAGAUGCUGGACCCAAUGUCAGCCCCGUGAGAGAAGAGGAGGUUCAGUUCCUGGGGCUAACGCUCGGCUCAGCGGAAGCGCAGACGGCUUUGUACAUACUUUUUUCUCUCGUGCUUCUUGGAGUCUGUGGCUUGGCAUUUCUGUCAUACAAAUACUGCAGGCACUCCAAGCAAGGGAAAACACAGGCAAGCCAACAGGAAUUGAGCACCAUUUCUUCAUUCUGA